UGAGUAAUGAUUAAAUUGGCGGAUUGUGCUUUCUAAAUGACUCAGUAAUAUGCAACAGAGUGCUGAUCUGGAUUGGUGGAUCUCAUAUAAAGAACAGUCUGGCUGAUACUCAUUCAGCUUUAACUCAAGAACAACAUAAUGGAUGCCUGGUGUGCCCUUGCUUUCCUCUGGCUGGCAUGUUUCUGUCAUGGCACUCUGUCAUGUCCAGAAAUGUGUCAAUGCUACCCCAGAAGAGCUGAGUUGGUCUGUAAUGCGGUUCCCCUUACAGAGUACCCCACUGAGGAUCUCCCAAAGAACACCACCCUGGUGACCAUCCAGUUCACCAACAUCACCUCCAUCUCCGAAGGCCAUCUUAAAGCCACACCCCUGCUAAAAGGGCUCCACCUCUACAGCAACCACCUGCAUAGCCUUUCCUCUCAUCUUCUCAGGGGCGUUCCUCAACUCAACACUUUGGACCUUACAGACAACAAACUGGCUAACUUGCCUGCGGAGGUCUUCAGCCACGCCCCGCUUCACAACUUGGUGCUGAAGAACAACCUGUUGAAUAAAGCAGAUGCUGAGUGGCUUUCUGACAACAGCAACCUGACCUGGUUGGACUUAUCUGGGAACCAACUGAAAAAGAUCCCACCAGCUCUACUUCGAAAGAUGCCACACUUGGAGAAUCUUGACCUUUCCAACAACCGUCUAGAGAAGAUCUCUGCAGACUCUCUGGACGUGCUGAUUAAACUUGAGAGGCUGAACCUGCAGAACAACAAGUUGGAGACCCUGGAUGCAUCUUUGUUUGGGAGCACUCGUAACCUCACCUACCUGUUCCUGUCUCAGAAUCAGCUCAACAAGCUCCCCCAAAAUCUUUUUCAGGAGCUCACUCAGCUCAAAACCCUGAGUCUUGAUGACAACCAGCUGAGCCACAUCCCUCCAGGUUUGCUGGACCAGUUGACCUCCCUGGACGAGGAAGGUCUGGACCUGACUGCCAAUCCAUGGCUGUGUGAUGGAAAGGUGGAGUACCUCUGGAGGUGGCUCCAGAAGAACAAGAAGAAGGCCUUCCUGCCAGAGACCAUCACAUGUGCUAAACCUGAGUCUCUGCAGGGACGCUCAGUAAUGUCACUGACAGAAAGUGAACUAAAUCUUUAGUCUUAACAUUUUCCAUUCUUCUGUUGGUUGCUAUUUGAUAUAGUAAUACACCAAAUUCAGCCUGUCAUUGCUGUCUUCAUGAAAUCACUGAAAUGUUCUCUUUUUUAGUGUAAUGUGAGUGUAAAAUUAAAAAUGAUGUGAGUAAAGC